AGCUCGUGAUGGUCAACCGUGGCGAGAUCCAGAAGCGCCAGGAGGAGAGGCUGCAGCUCGCCGCGGAGUCCUCCUCCCUCAAGGCGCAGCUCCAGGAGGACAAGGAGAGGCUCCGGAACGACUACCAGGAGUGGGUGGCCCUGGCGAGGCAGCAGGACCAGGCCACAAUACAGGACCUGAAGCUGCGCUACGAGUCCUUGCAGCAGGCGGCCACGUCGCAGGAGCGCGAGGCGAUGCGGCAGAUGCGGGCGGCGGAGGGGGCGCACGUGGCCAGGGCGGACGCGCUCGAGGCCUCCUACGGCGAGAAGAUCAGGCAAGAAGCUGACAGCUACCUGGACUUGAACGAGGAGUUGGCCCAGCUGGAGUCCCAGCUCGAGGACGUGAGGGAGGAGGC